AUGGGUCCGAAGAAAGCACUACCAAGUAAGGUGGACAUGAUGCGCGUUAUGUCGCAGAUACAUAACCUCGAAAGUUUUAUUGAAACGUACACCAGUGAGCAAUCUACGCAAUGUGAACACCGAUUGAAGUUACUCGAGAGUUGUUGGCAGACGUUCGACAGGAUGCAAACGACUCUUGAAGAUGCCGAAGAAGAUGAAGCAGAAAUUGUUCGCAUGCUCAAAGAGAGAAAUGAUAUGUACGAUCGAUAUUGCUUCAUAAAAGGUCACCUCACAUCAUCCAAACAAGAUUUGAACAGCACUGUGAUUGAAGCAAAAGUAAACGCCAACAUCCCUGUCGCUGCUUCACCUCACCUAAAGUUACCGAAAAUAAGUCUACCAACGUUUGACGGGAAGAUCACCUCAUGGCUCAGCUUUAAGGAUCGUUUCACUGCAAUGGUAGCUUCAUCCAACGACAUUCCGGAUGUCAUGAAGCUAGAAUAUCUUCUAGUAUCGUUGAAGGGUGACGUUGCGAAACGAUUUGAAUAUGUCGACAUUGCUGCCGAAAAUUACUCCACCACCUGGAAGGCGUUGUUAGAGAGAUAUGACAACAUUCGAGCCCUAAAGCGUGAGUACUUUAAAGCUAUUUACUCCGUAGCACCAAUGAAGGACAAUUCCUUAGAGGAAUUACGUCGCGUGUCUGAUGAUUUCAUUAGACUCACCGAAGGAGCUAGCAAACUGAAGGAGCCCAUCGAGCAUUGGGACACACCGCUUGCGAAUCUGCUGCUCUAUAAGUUGGAUGCUAAAACCGUCAUGGCAUGGGAACUAUUUUCUGCAAGUGAUAACACCGAUAGCUCUUCCCGCACAUUGAUCAAAUUCGGAUCUAAUGCUCUUACCUGUAAUCUCUCAUUAUCAGUAGUUUAA